CCACCAUUGUUCGAGCUUUGGCACUGGCAAUCGUGGCUUAUGAUGGCUCUUAACAUAUUUUUCCUUCUGGUUGGUCAAGCUGCUGUUCUUCUUCUGCGAAGAUCUUAUUAUGAUCAUGGUGGAAAUAGUAAAUGGAUGGCCACCCUUGUUCAAACUGCCGCUUUCCCUAUCCUUCUAAUCCCAUAUUUUCUUUUCGCCUCCUCCCACGAGCCUUCAAGUGUGUCUCAUCCACCUUCUCUUAAAACUGUAUCCUUAGUCUACUUCGUUCUUGGUGUUGUCAUUGCAGGGAAUAACAUGCUGUAUUCCGUCGGACUACUGUACCUAUCAGCAUCUACUUAUUCUCUCAUUUGUGCAACCCAGUUGGCCUUUAAUGCAGUUUUCUCUUUCAUCAUUAAUCAUCAGAAAUUUACUACUCUAAUUCUCAAUUCUGUUGUUGUGCUUUUAUUAUCUGCUUCUCUUAUUGGUGUCAAUGAUGAUUCUGAUGGACCUUCAAGUGUUUCUAAGUCGAAAUAUAUCCUUGGAUUUCUGUGUACCCUUGGAGCUUCAGCUCUUUACUCUCUUUUACUUUCCUUAAUGCAGCUUUCAUUCCAGAAAGUUUUGAAAAAGGAAACUUUUUCUGUGGUUUUGGAAAUGCUAAUUUAUACAUCAGCUGUAGCCACAUGUGUCUCUGUUGUUGGCCUUUUUGCAAGUGGGGAAUGGAGAACGUUACAUGGAGAAAUGAAUGGUUAUGGUACGGGGAAAGUUUCUUAUGUGAUGACAUUGGCGUGGACUGCGGUGGCUUGGCAGGUUUGCUCUGUUGGUGUUGUAGGCUUGAUUUUUGUGAUGUCUUCUCUUUUCUCGAUUGUUAUUAGUACUCUAUCCUUGGCUCUUACUCCUAUUGCUGCUGUGAUUGUGUUCCAUGACAAGAUGAAUGGGGUAAAGGUAAUUGCUUUGCUAAUGGCUCUUUGGGGUUUCACCUCUUAUAUUUAUCAGAACCAUCUUGAUGAUAUUAAGGAGAAGAAAGCACAAGCUGAUGUUAAUGGCGCCCCUGAUGGUUCUUCUUGUCAAUGA